ACAUAUUCCCCCUUCUUUCUCAGUGCCAUAAAUUAAUGCUCCAGUUGUUCCUCAAGACUGCAUGAUGUGUGAGGAAAAGUGAGAAAUAGCCAAGGAUGUGGGAAAAAAAGGAAAAGCUCCAAGCCAGAGACUUGGCACUGUGUCAGGGCCUGGGAGGCUCCAUCUGGAAUAGCCUGAAAGGACUCUCUAGAACAUUAGGUCCUUUUCUCAUCAUCCCCAUGAUUCUCUACAGGUUCAUCAUUGCCUGGAGGGAGAGACAGAACCGCCAUCUUCUUUAUGGCAAGGUGGUGAUGGUAACUGGAGCAAGUUCAGGGAUAGGAGAAGCCUUGGCAGGGGAAUUUUACCGGGCUGGGUGCAAGGUCAUAUUGGCUGCACGGCGUGAAAAUGAGCUGGAGCGUGUUCGCAAGUCCAUUCUCACAUCCCAUUGUACCCUGCCAGCCUUCCCUCCUGUUGUGCUAAGCCUGGAUCUGAGUGACCUGAAUACCCUGGCCUCCAAGGUGGAUGUGGCUAAAUGCAUCCAUGGACGUAUCGACAUCCUGGUCAACAAUGGAGGCACAAGCUUCAGGGGUCAAGUAUGUGAUACUGAACUUGAUGUGGAUAUCAAAGUCCUCCUCGUCAAUUACCUUGGCCAAGUUGCCCUCACUAAAGCUGUGCUGCCAGUGAUGCUAAGCCAAGGAGAGGGGCACAUCGUCAUGGUGAGCAGCAUCCAGGGCCGAAUUGCCAUCCCACAAAGGUCCUGUUAUGCAGCAUCAAAGCAUGCAUUGCAGGCAUUCAGUGACUGCCUGAGGGCAGAAGUGGAAGAGAGGAACGUGAAGGUGACCGUGGUGAAUCCUGGUUAUGUGCACACCAACCUCUCCCUCAAUGCUCUUACUGCUAAAGGCAGCUGCCAUGGAGUGAUGGAUGAAACAACAGCUGAAGGGAUGUCACCGGAAGAAGUUGCUCGUGAGAUUGUGGCUGCAGUUGUCAUGAGGAAACGGGAGGUUACUGUGGCAACAUUCCUCCCAAAGGUUGCUGUCUGGAUUCGUACUCUCUUCCCCUCUCUGUACUUUUACAUCAUGCGGAACCGAGCAGCACGCCUCCGGGAAAAAGAAGAAGGACUCGAGAAGACGUUCACUAUCAAUGGGAUUCCUUCUUGACAUGCUCAAUAUCUACUAUUUCCUAUUUUCUUUAUCAUGUCUAGUCACCUUGCUAUGCAGUCCUGGGUGUGAUAUUUACCUAGAAUCAUAAUAUUACAAUUUGUCUACAAUUUUUUCUAUGGCGCAAGUUCUGGUUGGAAAAAUUUUUCAGAAAUGCCAUCUUUCCUGUUAUCCAAUGAUGGGAGGCUGAGAGUAUGAAUAUGUUGGUGUAUGCUAUACACUGCAUGUUUCACCCCUUUCCAUUUAAUUUUAGGCAUGU